AUGGCGGAGGAUUUCGCUGGUCCUCCCAAAUACUGUGAUGAGGUUCUAGACCUACCCCCUCUUGAUCCGCGCAUCCCCGACGCUCCUGGGGCGGUGGCCGAUACGACAUCUUCUGAAUGUGGCACGUAUGCAAAGAGAAAUCAUCAGCGAUUGUCGAACGAGGCAGUGAAAGUGUUGCGGUCAUGGCUCCAAUGCCAUCGGACUUACCCUUACCCCACGAAAGAGGAGAAAGACACAUUCCAGCAACAGACGGGGCUGAGUCGCGCCCAGAUAUCGGACUGGUUUAGCAACGCACGACGACGCAACCUCGUAGGCAUUGCGCCGCCGGCAGCCAGAAAAUUGACAGCUACGGUCGAUCCCUCUCUGCAAUCUCCUCUGGAAAGAUGGAAAAACUCCCCACCCGGAAGUGAGGCAGCCACAACCUCGGACAUCAUGCGAGCACUGCGAACUAUACGAGACCCGGGUGACAAUGAUAAGCACACCGCCUCAUCGGCAUCGCACACGAUCAAUUGUAGCCACUCAUGGGGCUCUGAGCUUUCGUUCGGCCAGCACAUGCAUCAUCAGCCCACCGAACGCCAGAGAAUAGAACAACGCUGCUACCAGUGCACGUUCUGCACGGAUUCAUUUAGCACCAAAUAUGACUGGGAGCGACAUGAAAAGACCUUGCACCUUCCUGUGGACGUAUUGAUUUGCGCCCCUGACGGUGGUAUCACGUCCCUUGAGGGCGUUCCGACCUGCGUGUUCUGUCGGACCGCAAACCCGGAUGACGGCGUCGCAAAACGGGCGUGCUCCCGCAAAGACUACCUGCGGCAGCAUCUUAAACUUUCGCAAUACGCCGAGUAUCAUUCCGGCCUCAUGGACGGAUGGCGAGCGUCCCGCACGCCACACAUUGUCUCCCGCUGUGGACUUUGCGACGCGGCCUUUACGUCUUGGAAGGAGCGCGUGGACCAUGUAGUGGCGCACUUCAAGAAUGGGGCUGACAUGGCGGAGUGGAGGGGAAACUGGGGAUUUGAGACCGACGUGCAGCAUCUCCGUGGAGCGCUGGUCGCUUAUAUCCGCAGUCAAACUGCGGUCGGGGUCUUCCCGUCAGAUGAAAUGCUUCAGCAAAAGGCCCGCCAAUUCUCAUACGGUGGUGAUGACCUUUGGGAUCAGACCUAUGCGGACUAUCAUCCCUUGUGGUUGGAGACUGUCAAGCAAGAAGCGGAGAUUCAAGAUCUUAUGAAAGGCAGCAUCUACCGAGCAAAAACUAUUCCACCUUAGACUUGAGAGCCCCGGUCUUUUAGAUAUCCGUUACAGUUUUUCAUGUUUGUUUAUCUCGAGCUUUAUCCUUACUAUGUUACAUCGUUUAUCGAUGGUUUUGAUUCUCGAGACCCGAGCAGUUCUGGCAACAGGAGAAAAACAAGAUAUUUGGCGUUCUGCCGAGAACUCUCUGCGAACUGGAAUCGAUCCGAACGAUGAUGGCUC